GUUCAAUUUAAGACUGUUUCUUACCUGAUCUUCUCGCAAAAAUUAACAUGGGACGUGUUAGCAGGAUUCAAUUAAGUUGUACAUGACUGUAGAAAUCGGCACAGUCAAACAGCACUCCAUCGAAAAAAGCAAAAGUGGAGAAACCUGACUAUGAAUUCCGGUGGGAGUUUGAAGGUGACAAGCGAACAUGGACACAGUACGGAACCAAACUAAACACUUCUUUGGUUGAAGCACUCAAUGCAGGAAAAACUCAGGUUGAUUUCAAGCUUGAUAAUGGGCAUGAGAUGUUGGUGAACUUAGAGAAAGGUGUGCAGAAAAAUAAGAAGACUGGCUGGGAGCGUCCAGUGCGCAUAGCUAUCAAGGAGGCUGAUAGCAAUGACUACCAAGUGUGGGAGUGGGAGGAUGAGAAGGGGAACCAGAACCCGUACAAUCCAGCCUGCACCCUUCUGCUGGAGACUGGGAAACAGGACGGCUCUGGCAGUGUUGACAUUACAGCGUAUGGCAGGAAGUACCGCGUUGACAUCAACAAGAUGGAGCAGACCAACAUUGACACUGAUGUCUGUAGAAAUAUCUCCCGCUCAAAGUCAAAAGCAGUGAAGGCCGACCCCGGUGCACCAGAGCCAGUUGCUUCCAGUUCCAGUGCUGAGCCGGCCCCAAAGGCAGGAAGGUCAGGAGGCAGGGCCAAGUCUGGCAAGGUGAAAGUGGAACCGGAAGAAGAGGAGGAGGAGAUUAAACCCAAAGCAAAAUCUGGGGGAAAGGGAAAAUCAGGGGCUAAAGAAAGACCAGCAGUGAAGACGAUGGUGAUGUCUGGUAAGGCGCCUGUUGAUGCUGAAUGUCCACUGCUGGGAAAGGCUCAUGUUUACUACGAAGGCAAAGACAUCUAUGACUGCAUGCUUAACCAGACAAACGUGGCCAACAACAACAACAAGUAUUUCCUGAUCCAGUUGUUGGAGGAUGAUAAGGGCAAGACUUACUACACAUGGCUACGCUGGGGUCGAGUUGGCUACUCUGGACAAAACAACCUUAUCCGCUGUGGACCCAGCCUUGAGGCUGCAAAGAAACAAUUCCUUAAAAAGUUUCAAGAUAAGACAAAGAAUGACUGGGCGAAUCGUAGCAAGUUUGUGAAGGUCCCUGGGAAGUAUGACCUACUACAAAUGGACUACAGUUCUAAGGGCAUGGAUGAAACAGAUGCUCCAGAACUAAAGAAGAAAAACAGCAUUACCAAGUACCCUGACUCAAAACUGGACAAAAGACUUCAGUCGGUGAUAGACCUGAUCUGUGAUGUAAAGAAUAUGGAGGAGGCUGUCAUGGAGAUGCAGUAUGAUGCCAAGAAGGCCCCCCUGGGCAAACUCACCAAGGACCAGAUUAAGGCUGGAUAUGCUGCACUCAAGAAAAUAGAUGCCUGUGUUGAUGCCAAAGACUUUGGUUCAAAACUGACUCAAGCUUGUGAUGAGUUUUAUACACGCAUUCCUCAUGACUUUGGAAUGCGGCCUCCUACAAAGAUAUCGACCAAGCAGGAGGUGAAAAAUAAGAUAGCUUUAUUGGAGGCACUGGAUGACAUAGAAAUAGCCAUCAAAAUGCUGAAGGAAGGUGACAUGUCAGAGAACCCUGUAGAUCGCCACUACCACGCCCUCAAAUGUGACAUGAGCCCUGUUGAGAAAACUACUGAGGAAUUUAAGAUGGUUGAGACAUACCUGAAGAACACUCAUGCCUCAACCCACAACCAGUACAAGAUGAAGGUCAUUGACUUGUUUGACCUUGCUAAACAUGGGGAGGCUGAACAGUUUACUGACGUCGGUAACAGAAUGUUGCUGUGGCAUGGAUCUAGGCUUACCAACUGGGUGGGGAUUAUCAGCCAGGGUCUGCGCAUUGCCCCACCAGAGGCCCCUGUUACUGGCUACAUGUUUGGGAAAGGAGUAUAUUUUGCAGACAUGUCCAGUAAGAGUGCAAACUAUUGCUUUGCUACACGGACCAAGAAUGUUGGAUUUCUCCUUCUUUGUGAUGUAGCCCUAGGGACCACCAAUGACCUGUUGGCAGCAGAUUACAGUGCCCACAAGCUGCCCUCAGGCAAACACAGUGUGAAGGGAGCAGGCAGUAUAGGCCCUGACCCUGCACACACAACCACCACAUCUGAUGGAGUUCUCGUCCCAUUUGGAAAGCCGAAGAACACCGGUGUGAAAAACCCUAGUGGCUACACUCUGAACUAUAAUGAGUUCAUUGUGUAUGAUACUAAACAAAUUAAGAUGAAAUACCUACUCAAGGUCGAGUUUGACUUCAAAUAACAUUGGUUUUACUGUAAAUUAAGGGACUUUUUAUUGUUUGGUGUGUGAUAUUAGCUCAGAAUUGUGGAUGUAGAUAUGAAUCUAGCAUUUACGGUAUUACGCAAUAUGAGGGUUGAGAACCUUGCCUUUUUGGUGAUGUUCUUGCAGAAGUGGGAAAUCCUUGUGAACUUUUUACCUGUGCUGAGAAGAGCAUAGGUUUGGUAUUUAAAUUUUUAUUCAUAGUUUUAUGUUAGAUUGUCUUGAGUGAAAUUAUUGAAGUGCAAUGUUCUAAGCUUAAACCUUUUAGUACUACAGAAAUCCAAAUAUUAAGUGUAUACAUUUACAUUCAUCGAGUUAUCAAGAUAUUAAUUUUGUUGAACAAGUCUAAAUACUAUAAGUUCAUAUAUAAUAAUGAGAAGUUAUAACCUGCAAGCCCGAAUACCUAAACAAAUGACAAAAACCUUCUUUUAAGCCGGCCUACUUGCUUGUGCUUACUUUUCACUGUACAUUGUUCUGAAUGUAACCUUUCACAACCUCUCCAGCCGUUCUUAGGUUUUCCUAUUUUUUUAAUGUGCUCCUAGCUUUUCCUAAUUUUCUGAAAUGCUCCUAGUUUUCCUAGUGUUUUGCUUGCAGAAUUAUGUCUGAAAGUUUCAAUUUUGUGUUUUCAUUGUGUUUUGAAGAGAUGUUAAGCUGACUUGCCUAUGCUACUGGCUGUAGUGGUUUCAUGUCACUGAUACAUAGUUUGGCCUUCACCCUUGGUGAUUUGAGGUUGGACUAUCCUGAAGUGAAGACAAACAAAAGCGAAUUUACAGUCAGAUGAACACUUAUAUGUAAGGUAAUUGGACAGUAAAGCAAUAGUAAGGUAAUACUUCAUCUGAUUAUGCCUCCUAGAUUUUGUCUCAGUAUUCUUAGUUUUUUUUCUCAUUGUAUGUUUGAAAAAUUCCUAGUUUUCUCCUAGUUUUUUUCAGAUGUAUAUACUAUAGCUGGAGAGCCUGCUUUCACCUAUAUUUUAAAAUAAUACCUUGAAUUUUUGUAUAUUAAUUUUCUCUGACAGCUGAAUAAAUAACGUCUUACUUUGCUUAUUAUUUUAAUGUUAUUGCCAAGCAAAUGAGUUCGAGGACCAAUUACAAAUCAUAUCACAUAAUGUAUUUUGUCACAUGCAUGUAGAGUUUGUUAUAAUUCUUAAGAACACACACACACACACACACAUACUAUUUCGAACAAUGGAUAAUUAGUAUUUAAGUUGGUAGUAUUUUUUAAAAACUUUUUUGUCUUUUAAAUUUGUUAGGUAUGAAGUUUUUGCAUUAGCAUUGUUUAUGUAUUUGUUCGCUUCAUUGAAUGGUGUAUAACUGUUAUUGUGGUGUGAUAAAUGAAGCAUUAGAUUAUAGUUCUUUUGAAAUCAAUGUAGUACACACUUGGCUUUUUGUAACAGUUUCUGUUACUUAAUACCUAGUUUCGUAGUACAAUCAUUUGUUAUGUCUCUGACUUGAUGAUG